UCAAUUCCAGUCAGAGACACAGCUGUGUCAAAGCCAAAUGUCAGCAGAACAUGUGCAAAGAUAUCAGAGUUCCCUCAUUCCUCCUCACUGUCACUAGCUGAGAUGCCCAGUCAGAGGUACUUGUGUCAAUACCAGGAGAGCAACCAUCAACCAGAUAGCUUUGUGACUCACACACCAUCACACCACCACUGUCUACUAGUG